CUGAGUCACACAGAGACUCCAGCUGUGCAGAGAACAGACACAAACCUACAACUGAGAUAACAGCAGACUUUACAGCAGUAGAAGUUACAACAGUAGAAGUUACAACAGUAGAAGUUACAACAGUAGAAGUUACAGUAGUAGAAGUUAGAAGAGUAGAAGUUACAGCAGUAAAAGUUACAGCAGUAGAAGUUACAGCAGUAGAAGUUACAGUAGUAGAAGUUACAGCAGUAGAAGUUAGAUGAACAGAAGUUACAACAGUCUACUGUUACUGCAUUUGACCACAAGCGUAUAAAGAUGUCAAAGGGAAUCUAUGAAUACACAAAUGGAUUUGAAGACGAAGAACCCAAUGAAAUAAAGACCAUUGACAUUGAUGAUCAUAUUUACAACAACAAAAGACCCAUCAUGCCCUGCAAGAAGUAUGGAGUUGGUGAUCAACAUUCGGUGUAUCUUUGGAGGUGGAAGAGACAUUUCCCAACUGCUGCAGUGUGUCUGGGGCUGCUGUGUGUUCUCCUGCUGGCUUGGAUCAUAGGCCUGUUACUCUACCAGGGAAACCAAUUGACCAGUUCCGACACCCUGACCAAAGAGGGAGACCAGCAACAGACCAGUUACAACACCUUGACCAAAGAGGGAGACCAGCUACAGACCAGUUCUAACACCCUGAUCAAAGAGAGAGACCAGCUACAGACCAGUUACAACACCUUGACCAAAGAGAGAGACCAGCUACAGACCAGUUAUAACACCCUGACCAAAGAGAGAGACCAGCUACAGACCAGUUCCAACACCCUGACCAAAGAGAGAGACCAGCUACAGACCAGUUACAACACCUUGACCAAAGAGAGAGACCAGCUACAGACCAGUUCUAACACCCUGACCAAAGAGAGAGACCAGCUACAGACCAGUUACAACACCUUGACCAAAGAGAGAGACCAGUUACAGACCAACUACAACACCAUGACCAAAGAGAGAGACCAGCUACAGACCAGAUACAACACCCUGACUGCAGAAAGAGACCAGUUACAGACCAACUACAACACCAUGAAGAAAGAGAGAGACCAGCUACAGACCAGUAACAACACCCUGACUGCAGAAAGAGACCAGCUGCAGACCAGUUACAACACCCUGAUCAAAGAGAGAGAGCAGCUACAGACCAGCUACAACACCUUGACCAAAGAGAGAGACCAGCUACAGACCAGUAACAACACCCUGAUCAAAGAGAGAGACCAGCUACAGACCAGUAACAACACCCUGACUGCAGAAAGAGACCAGCUACAGACCAGCAACAACACCCCUGACCAAAGAGAGAGACCAGCUACAAAAAGACACAGAAUGUCUGGAAACAAUCUUUAG